CUGACUAAUGGGUAAUGAAGCUGUCACUCCGGCACCUACUUGUUGGGUGUUCGCGCAGCGGAGGAGCUGAGAGCGGAGUUGCAAAGCGGAGCCGCCGCCGCCGGUGCUGCUGCUGCUGACGCCGAUCCCUCUCGCCGGUUCGAGGCUGAGAAGCGCUCGCGCCGCCGGUCCCCUGCUCCAGCCCCGGGGGGAGAGCGAGGCUCUCUCGGCUCGACCGCGGCGCCCGAGGGGAUCGCCAACGGGUCGCCCGGGGGCCCGGGAGCGCCACGCCGCCGCCGAUGCGAGUCGUCCUGGCCGCGGCCGGUCGAUGGCUUGUCGGGUCCUCUUCGGCUGUCUUCCCUGAUCCGGCGGCGUUCAGCUGGGAGCAGCAGCAGGCAUGCUGGAUUGUGGCAGGCGGCCCCGGGCUCUCCUCGCCGCGGCGCUUCGGCUCGGGCUGCUGCUAACUUGGUGGGCGCAGGUCUCGGAGGCCUCGGGCUAUUUCGAGGUGCAGAUCAACUCGGUGAAGAAUGUCAACGGCGAAUUGUUGAAUGGGGAAUGUUGUGAUGGCGUGAAGAACCCGCAGAACCUGGACUGUACCCGGAACGAGUGCGACACUUACGUGAAGGUCUGCCUCAAGGAAUACCAGUCCAAGAUCACGCCCACGGGAGCCUGCAACUACGGCUCCGGAUCUACUCCGGUUCUCGGUGGGAAUACUUUUUACCUGACCAGCCGCAGUUUGCACCAGGGCAGGAGUCACGACAUGGGCCGGAUCGUCAUCAAUUUCCAGUUCGCCUGGCCGGUAAGGGCGACUCCUUCCCUCUUUCGUGCCCCCCCGCCCCGUACUUUGCUUCGCGCACUCAGAAUCUAG